GUUCAACUCUAAAAAAGUCAAGUCAGUGACAGCGCCAAAGCAUAGCUAGUAAAAUUAACAACCCAAAAAAUUCCACCAAACACAUCCUAAUCGUUAUCAAAAACAAACAAAUUUCCACUUCUCCGAUCCCAAAACCUCCAUAGCAACAACACUUCAACACAGUAACAAAAACAAUUACAUCUGAUCUGUAAUCGAAGAAAUAACAGUGCCUUAUCUUUUUCCUCAAAUGGGGCUUGAUUUCGCUGUCUUGAGCUGAAAUGCAGCCGAAUCUCUUCCCGUUCGGUACCGUUUUAGGCAAUCCCUUUCUCUUCAAUGGUGAUUUAACCGAAGGUGGUGUCGGUGUUGGUGGAUUCGAGAGCUCUAGGGUUUUCUUCUUGGUCCCUUUUUUAUUGUUCCAAGGAGGUGGAAUGGAUUUGUCUAAGGUUGGAGAGAAGAUUUUCAACUCCGUACGUUCUGCUAGAUCGCUUGGUCUCUUGCCGUCAACUGAUCGGCCUGAGGUUCCAGCUCGAGCUGCAGCUGCUGCAGCUGUUGCUCGUGUUCUUGCUGGACUGCCUCCUCAUCAACGAUUCGAUCUUCCUUCCAGCUCUGAAGGAUUACGCAUGAUAUAUGGAAGCAAAUCACCUUCUCAUGUGGAGGAAAUAGAACAGGACUUCUAUGAAGAGGAUUUUGAUCCAAUUAGACACAUCUUAGAGAAUAUUCCAUCUGAAGAAAAUGAGUUAGAGUAUUUAGAGAAACAGGCUGCUCUUAGGUUAGCACAACUGGAUAGAGUUGCAGAACGUUUAUCCCAACAAGUGAUGGAGCAUCAUGAAGUAAUGGUGAAGGGGAUGAAUUUAGUCAGGGAAUUGGAGAAAGACUUGAAGGUAGCGAAUGUCAUCUGCAUGAACGGAAGAAGGCACUUGACUUCAUCAAGGAACAGGGUCUCAAGUGAUCUCAUUGUAAAUUCUAAUUCCAAAAAGAAACAAGCUCUGUUGGACAUGCUUCCAAUAUUGUCUGACCUUCAUCAUGCAUUUUGCAUGCAAGCAGCACUUGAAUCCUUAGUUGAAGAAGGCAAUUACUGCAAGGCAUUCCAAGUCCUAUCUGAGUAUUUGCAGCUAUUAGAUAGUUUUUCUGAGUUUUCAGCCAUACAGGAAAUGAGCCGUGGAGUUGAGGUUUGGCUGGGAAGAACCCUUCAAAAGCUGGAUUCACUUUUAUUAGAAGUGUGUCAGGAGUUCAAGGAGGAGGGUUAUAUAAAUGUGGUUGAUGCUUAUGCAUUAAUUGGAGAUAUCUCUGGUCUAGCUGAAAAAAUACAAAGCUUCUUCAUGCAGGAAGUCCUAUCGGAAACUCACUCUGUGUUGAAGAAUAUUGUACAAGAGGACCAAGAAGUACAAAUGCAAAAUAGCAGACUUACCUACAGUGAUCUAUGCCUUCAGAUACCUGAAUCUAAGUUCAGGCAGUGUUUGUUGAGAACACUAGCUGUCUUAUUCAGGUUGAUGUGCUCUUAUCAUGAAAUAAUGAUCUUUGAGCUAGAGAACAAGGAUUGGGCAUCCGAAACAUGCAAUAUGCUAAGGGAAAGGGACAACUCUUGGCAUUCUGGGGAUACCCAGCAAGUUGAUUCAGCAGCAAUAAUUUCUUCUGAUCCUCAAGGAAUUAAUGGCUCUCACUCAAAGUCUGUGGACGGACGACCGACUGAGGAAGCUAUUGCCACUGUGCCUAUGAGAGACUCAAUGGGAGCUACUAAUUCCAUUCAUUCAGAUUCUCAUUCUCAAGUUGAUGAGACUAGGAAUGAUGGCACUGGAGCAUCAAGCAGCGGAUCACCUUGGUAUCACUUACGGAAAGAAGCUACAGCUUUUGUUUCACAAACCCUUCAGAGAGGACGGAAGAAUCUUUGGCAGCUUACAACAAGUCGAGUAUCAGUAUUGCUUUCUUCUUCCGCAGGUGGUUCAAUGAGCAUUCACCAAUUCUUGAAAAAUUAUGAAGAUCUGAGUGUAUUCAUCUUGGCUGGUGAAGCCUUCUGUGGAGUUGAAGCAGUUGAGUUCAGACAGAAAUUGAAGGUUGUUUGUGAGAAUUAUUUUGUAGCAUUUCAUCGGCAAAAUGUUCAUGCGCUUAAAAUGGUUUUGGAAAAGGAAAAUUGGCUGAAUUUGCCAUCAGAUACAGUACAAGUUAUCAGUUUUCCUGGGCUUGUUGGUGAUGGGGCACCCUUAAUCGCUCCAUCUGAUGGAAGCAGCUCUACUAAUGCCAGAUUGAAUCAUUAUAAAUCAUUGAACUUGGUUGAUGCCACUGCGAAGAAGAAUGGUUUUACAAGUUGGGUCAGAAAUGAAAACCCAUUUUCUCUAAAAUUAUUGCAUGGUUCCAAAGAAGGUCAUAGUUCUUCCCUACCUAAUGGGGCAAGUUCAGGUGAAUAUGGACAUAAUAAUGAUAGCUAUCAAGUUGACAUCGUGUCUCCCAAAAGUAGUGAUGCCAAUCAUAUGAAUGGAACUGAAAAUGAAGAUGAAAAUGAAGAUCUGCUUGCUGACUUUAUUGAUGAGGAUAGUCAACUCCCAAGUCGAAUUUCUAAGUGGACUCAUUCAAGAAGCAACUCUGUACACUGGAAAAAUGAUGAGAUAGCUGCACAUACAGGAUCAUCUAUUUGUCUUCUGAGGUCAAUGGACAAAUAUGCUAGGCUGAUGCAAAAACUAGAAAUAGUGAAUGUUGAGUUUUUCAAGGGGAUAUGCCAGCUGUUCGAGGUUUUCUUUUACUUUGUAUUUGAAACAUUUGGUCAGCAAAAUGUUAAUUCAAAUGGAAAAGGUUUAUCUGACUCUGUCAAUUAUCGACUGAAGACGGCCUUAUCCAGAAUAUCACAGGAUUGUGAUCAGUGGAUAAAAGCCCAGUCAACAGCAUUUCCGUCAUCACCCACAUCUUUAAGUACAUAUAUACAUGCAGAUUUAACACCUACUAGUCCUCAGAAUCAUUCACCAGCCGUAUCUUUUGGUCUCAAGGAACGAUGCGUAGCUGCUGAUAAUAUAUCUCUUGUUGCUCGAGUGUUGCACAGAUCGAAAUCGCAUCUUCAGUCGAUUCUUCUUCAAAGUAACCCAGCUAUAGUGGAGGAUUUCUAUGCACACCUGGUGGAUUCUGUGCUGGACCUUACAGCAUACAUUCAUAGGACAACUGCAAGACUACUUUUACAUAUCGAUGGGUAUGUUGACCGGAUUGCUAAUGCUAAAUGGGAAGUAAAAGAGCUUGGACUAGAGCAUAAUGGGUAUGUUGAUUUGUUGUUGGGAGAAUUUAAGCACUAUAGAACGAGGCUUGCUCAUGGGGGAAUUCACAAAGAGGUUCAAGAUCUUCUCCUAGAAUAUGGUCUUGAAAUUGUAGCUGAAACUCUUGUUGAAGGUCUAUCACGGGUGAAGAGGUGUACUGAUGAAGGCCGAGCUCUCAUGUCUUUGGAUCUUCAGGUUUUGAUCAAUGGUCUACAACAUUUCGCCACUGUAAAUGUGAAGCCUAAGUUACAAAUAGUUGAAGCUUUUAUUAAGGCUUACUACCUUCCAGAAACCGAGUAUGUGCACUGGGCCCGAGCUCACCCGGAAUACAGUAAAAAUCAAAUUGUUGGGUUAGUAAACCUUGUUGCUGCAAUGAAAGGUUGGAAGAGGAAAACCAGGUUGGACGUAUUGGAGAAGAUAGAGUGAGGGUGGUAUUAGGGUUUCACGUAUAUAAAUCUUGCAAUACUUAUUUGAAAUAUUUUGUUCAUUGUUUGAGUGAUGUAAAUUGGAUAGAGUUAUCAUCUUGCUUAAUUAUAUUAUAUUAUAUAUAGGGUUGUAUAUUUUGUAAUAUGUAAUGGGUUUUCCCUAUGUGGGAAUAUCAAAUGUAAUUUUGGAUCACAUUCUAUUAUGUGCAAUAAUGACUUCAUCCAAUUCCCAGUU